UGAAGUACGCAGCUUAUCAACUACCUUAUCAUCUCUCACGCCUCUCCCUCCAUUCUUUAACAGUCACCAACUUCUUUCUCUCUCUCUCUCCCUCGCACACAAAUGGCCUUAGCUUCCUUCUCCAAUCUCUCCACACAACACUUGUUCUCUCACUACAACCACCCCUCUCUACAAACCUGCACCAUCACAAUCCCCCAUGGAACUCUCAUCUUCUUCCCUUCCAAGCUCAAACAUUGCACUUUCAUCACGUCCACCGCUCAUUUCUUCCCCACUACAGUCACAGCCAUCUCCAGGGUUGGUCCUAGGAUCGGGCCGCCCUUGGCCAUCUCCUCAGCUGGGGAUGGUGGCAGGUCGUCGGGGAGCGGCGGCGGCGGCGAAAGUGGCGGCGGCGGUGAUGAAGAGGAGGAGGAGAGGGACCGCAAUCGGGAAGAGGUGAUGGUGGCGCUGGCGGAGGCUGGCAGGUCGCUGGAGAGUUUCCCGGAGGAUUUGGCGGCGGCGGUUACGGCAGGGAGGGUGCCGGGUUCGAUAGUGCGGAGGUUGUUCCAGUUGGAGGAAUCAGCUGUGUUGGGGUGGUUGCUCAAGUUCGGAGGCUUCAGGGAAAGGUUGCUGGCAGAUGAUUUGUUCUUAGCUAAGCUUCUCAUCGAGUGUGUUGUUAUCAUCUUCACCAAGGCUGCUGCAGAAUUGGAGCGCCGUAAAGAAAAAUUCACUAAGGAGCUGAAUUUUGUUGUUGCUAAUGUGGUAACAGGCAUUGUAACAGGUUUUGUGCUUGUGUGGUUUCCUGCACCCACUAUUUCUCUCAAACCUCCUCUUGCAGUCAGUGCUGGGCCCAUUGCUAAAUUAUUCUAUGGUUGUCCUGAUAAUGCUUUUCAGGUGGCUUUACCUGGAACAUCGUAUACCCUUCUACAAAGAAUAGGUGCUAUAGUGCGGAACGGCGCAAAGCUAUUUGUAGUUGGCACCGGUGCUUCAUUGGUUGGCAUAGGUAUAACAAAUGCAUUGAUCAAUGUACAGAAGGCUGUUAAUAAAACAUUUACUGCCGAGGCUGAGAAUUUACCUAUAAUAUCAACCAGUGUAGCAUUUGGAGUUUACAUGGUUGUAAUUAGCAACCUCAGGUACCAAGUACUUGCAGGAAUUAUUGAACAACGGAUUCUAGAACCACUACUACACCGAAACAAGCUUAUACUAACCGCAACAUACUUUACCAUUAGAACUGCCAAUACCUACUGGGGUUCGCUAUUGUGGGUGGAUUUUGCUCGAUGGGUUGGAGUCCAGAAGAUAAAGGAUUGAACAUUAUUUUUUGCCAUACUGCAAACCUUAAACUAAUUCUCCAUUGUUAUUAGAAUUUGACAAGAGAGACUGAAAAUCUAAUGUCGGGUGUCAAUUAAAACUUGACGUGUUGAUACGUUAACAUUGACAUGUAGGAUCGAAUUUCCUGAAUCCAGCUCCAAGUCAAAGUAUCAUACAUUUAUAUUUUACAAGGACAAAAAACAUAUUUAAAAUGUUACUGAGACAUAUUCGAACCAUUUCAAUAUUUAUGGGGAUAGAAAA